UGUGUGAUGAAUAAUCAAUUUGAUAUGAUGUUUUCGUUUCAGUUGGAAAUAGUGUUUUGCUGUGCCGUUUCUGCAUAUACCGAUUGGAUCGAGUCACCUGCAGACGGGAGGUCCGAGGCCAAUCAUUGACAUCAAUGCCAAGUCUCUGGUUGUAACCAGUGUCAUACUCUUCAUGCUUGUCUUCGUAGUACCCAGCUUGGUUCGACUAUUGAUUCCGUCUCCUCCGUCUCUACACUACGGUUACAGCGAGGCGAGCGCCCGUGGAUUGAUUGAGAGAAUGGAGAGCACUUUGGCCGACAUGGGCAUCGACUCGGGCGAGUGUUGGCGAAAGGGGGUGUGCAGCGUGGUCAACUCAGCUGUGGAGAAUGUCGCUCUCGGAAGAGCCUCUAGUUGGGACAAAAUCAUUGACGGCAUCACUCAGAAUAGUUGGGUGAACAGGAUUGUGCCAAACUCUUUGCUUCCCACAGGCUGUUUGUCGAAGACUGACAACCAACAACUUUUCCAGUGUCCUAUAGCUUUCAAUCGAUCCACUCUAAUCAAUAUUAUUUCGGAAAUUAUGAAGAGACUACAAAACAUUACAAUGUACAAUGGUACAUGAUAUGUAAAGAUGAAGAUGUUGUAUCAGUAUUAGUCAAUAUUUCAUGUUAUUUAAGAUCUAUUAUUUUCCGUAGAUACUGUACUGAUGAUGAAUGUAACUAAACAUGACAUAAUACGGUGAAUGAUAAAUAUAAAACGUUCAUGAAGAUUGUUAGAUUGUUACAUACCAACCGGUGAGAUACUAUAACAUAGUUUUCUACUCAAGUAUAAAAUUAAUAAUAUCUUCGAUUAAGCUACAGACUAAAAUUUAGUAAAUUUAAUAAAAUUGUUCUACUGUAUAUUUUCUAAAAACAUAAAUUUUCAAAAUAUUGUUUGAUGUUUGUUUGUACAUGUAAUAGAAAUUAAUUGGCUAAGUAGAAGCUAAAUUUAAAAGUCGAAAUUUCGAACCUGGGGAGGUGGGGGGUGGGGGAUAUAUCAUCACGAAAAGAACCUAUUAUCAUUCGUUAACAAACCAAAUCG